GCAAAACGUUAUAUAUCAAUGUCAUGAUGCUACAUAAACGAUAAAUCAUAUCCCCAAACAUUACACUGGAUCACCCGAGCUCGAUAUCAUCCUCAGAAAGCUUAAGUAGGCUUGCACACGACCAAGCGCUUACAAAGUACUUGUUGAAGACGAGGCAUCUUCCAUUCCGCUUGUAUACAUUACUUGCUUCUUGGAGUGCUUGAAGAGCGCGUCUAGACUGCCGCUCAAGCACCUCUUAUAAUGGUCGAUGCGGUUGUUGUACCCCAUCCAUCCGUCAGCCGUCCCAUCCGCUCAGCUGCACCACCUCCUCGCUUGCUUCACUCCCUUGGACAUGAAAACAAAUCUGUCCUCAGUUUAAUGGCAAAUGCCGACCAUAUCUUUACUGGUGGACAAUGUCAAGAUAUCGGAGUCUGGGACAAACACACAUUUACACUCAAGACCUCCCUUCGUGGUCAUACUGGAAGUAUACUAGCGCUUGAGAUUGCAGAAGAGAAAGGCUGGCUGUUCAGUGCUUCAGGUGACAGUACUGUCAGAGUUUGGUCUACAGUGACUUUGCGACCAGUUUGCAUUUUGAAUCCUUAUCUUGAAACCGGAGCAGGCGAUCUUUUUUCUCUCGUCUGGAACCCAGUAAUGCAGGCCAUCUACAUUGGUUGUCAGAACACUUCACUUCAAUGGCAAGGGUUUUCCAAGUUUCAGCUCGGUCGGCAUACCCACGAGCAAAUCGACUCAGGCACAUCAACUCCCUCUCGCAAAGUUCACAAAUUCUUCGAUAGUUAUCCGCAAUACACCCAUCGCCCCGCGGAUCUUCAAGCCAACAACUUCAGUCUGUCUCCCUCAAUCAGUCAGGAUGCAAUCGCAGAAACCAUAUCCUUGAUAAACAUCCCAGCAACAAAUGUCAUCGAUUCUGCUCAUUUCGGCUACAUAUAUUGCAUGGCUCUUGUGCCUUCGACAAGGGAAGGCGCGGGGGAAAUCGCGCAAAAGCCGGCCAAUAACUGUUAUCUCGUCACUGGAAGUGGUGAUGAAACCGUCAAGAUUUGGCGCUGUAUCCCAUCUGGUCUCAACAUGAUGCACUCUUUCGAUUGUCAGCAUGGUGCUGUACUCUCUCUCGCUGCUUCCGGGGAGACAAUCUACGCUGGAUGUCAAGAUGGACACGUGAAGGUGCUUGACGUAGAAACUCGGACCCUUGUCAGAUCGAUCAUCGUUCAAGAAAAUGUCGAUGUCCUUUCGCUAUCGAUCAUGCAGUCUGAUCUCUACACAUGCUCUGCCAAUGGUUAUAUUCACAGAUGGUCGUCUUCAUUUGAUUGCACAGCGUCGUGGCAAGCUCACGAUGGUAUUGUGCUCUCCUCUGUUAUCUCAUGUUCUUCCGAUACCAAGUCGUAUUGUCUCAUUACUGGGGCUAACGAUGGUUUCGUUAAGGUUUGGGCGAUCGUUCCAAAAGACGAGGACAAUCUUUCUCAGAUGCGUGAGGUCACGUUGAUAUCUGAUUCGGAUGCCACCCAAGGAGAUACAAUGACCUAUGCACUCUCCAAGUUCGUAUCAAUUCCGAGUGUAAGUAGCGACCCGAGCCAUAGAGAAGAUUGCCGUCAAGCCGCAAUUUGGUUGAAGAAGUGCCUGAACCAGCUGGGUGCUCAGUCGGCUCUGCUACCUACGCAUGAAGCCGGAAGUCCACUUGUUCUAGGGACUUUCUAUGGAACUCAAGGCGAACAUCCAAAGCCAAGAAUACUAUUUUACGGGCACUACGACGUGAUCUCAGCUCCGCCGGAAGGGUGGGGCACUGACCCAUUCACUGUGUCGGGCCGUAAUGGUUACCUUUAUGGACGAGGGGUAACGGAUGAUAAAGGUCCUAUCAUGGCUGUAGCUUGCGCUGCUGCGGAACUCCUCCAAGACCGCGCUCUUGGCGUUGAUCUUGUCUUCCUUAUCGAGGGUGAGGAGGAGACUGGGAGUGCUGGGUUUGUUAAUGCCAUCAAAGAGCACAAACACCUGAUCGGGAACAUAGAUGUCAUCUUACUCAGCAACUCGACCUGGAUUUCUGAGUAUCCUCCUUGUAUUACGUAUGGUCUCCGCGGCGUUGUACAAUCAACACUGGAGAUAGCAAGUGGUGUGCCGGACUUGCACUCUGGUGUCGAAGGAGGUGCCGCUCCGGAGCCAAUGUUUGAUAUGAUUCGCCUUCUUGCAACUCUGAGGGAUGGAGAUGGAAAGGUGGCCAUACCGAGUUUUUACGACAGUGUUCGCACUCAGACCGAGGCCGAAAAGCAGCUGUAUGACAUUUUGUCCAAGGUAACUAAAAAGCCUGGCUCUGUGCUAUCUUCGCGCUGGAGUGAGCCAUCCUUGACUGUACAUAACAUAGACGUGUCUGGGCCAGGGAACUCGACUGUAAUACCGGGAAAGGUUACCGCAAAAGUGUCCCUACGCAUAGUUCCAGACCAGGAGUUGGACAAUGUCGCUCAGUCUUUGGUUGAUCACCUCACAAGGACCUUCGACAAGUUCCGAUCACCCAAUCAGUUUUCUGUGAGCAUUGACCGCAAAGCUGAUUGGUGGCUCGGCAAUUUGGAUGGCCCCUGGUUCAAAGCACUCGAAACUGCUGUGCGCGACGAGUGGAACGUGGAACCAUUACUCAUCCGGGAGGGUGGCUCCAUCCCAUCAAUUCCUUGUCUAGAGAAGGAAUUUGGCUGCCCUGCACUUCACCUUCCACUGGGACAAAGCACCGAUCAAGCCCAUUUGCCUAAUGAGCGCAUUUCUCUGGAUAAUUUAUCUAGAGGAAAGGCGGUCAUCAAGCGUUUCCUAUCGAUAGCUACAAACAUUCACGCCCCGGCUGAGUAAACUACUUGGUCAUGAUAUGUACAUGUCUUGCGCUCCUCAUCUUUCUUUCUGAAAUGUUGUAUGAGGCUUUUGUAGAUAAGCGCUUGUUGACUGCAACCAUACAGUGCGAAAGACUAGACAUCGCCGACCUCGCCGUGCUAGGCGAUAUUUUGAAUACAUGUGGUUAUAUAUUCACUACGUUCUGAAACUUGGUGAAUGAUGAAGGGCU